CAGAGCGAAGGUCAAAAGCUAGGCCCUACACAUUUAUCACAUUUUCAAGCUAAAGAAAACGCCGAGUUCCUUGAUUCCUAGAUCUAGGUCUAGAGUCUAGAAUAGAUAUCGACUAGAUCUAGAUCUAUAUUUUCACAAUAAAUAUGUCGACGAUUGGAUCCUUAAAAAACAUUGUUGGCCUUGUCACUGGUGGAGCAUCUGGUCUUGGUCGUGCCACAGUUGAGAGAUUUAUUAGAGAAGGAGCAAAGGUGGUGUUGUGUGACUUGCCUUCAUCAAAGGGAGAAGAAGUAUCAAAAUCUCUAGGAAAAAACUGCAUUUUUUCACCAACUGAUGUCACAUCAGAACAAGAUGUCACCAAAGCCAUAGAACUAGCAAAAAAUACAUUUGGCAGGCUUGAUACAGCAGUUAACUGCGCAGGAAUUGGAGUUGCAUUCAAGACCUACAAUUUUAAUAAGAAAAGGGCUCAUGAGUUGGCUGAUUUUCAAAAAGUUUUAAUGGUAAAUACUUGCGGAACAUUCAAUGUGAUAAGAUUGGCAGUAGGAUUGAUUGGAGAAAAUGAACCAAAUAAAGAUGGUCAGCGUGGAGUUAUAGUGAACACCGCAAGUGUGGCUGCUUUUGAUGGUCAGAUGGGUCAAGCUGCUUAUUCAGCCAGUAAAGCUGCCAUUGUUGGAAUGACAUUACCCAUUGCUAGAGAUUUAGCUUCUCAGGGGAUACGAGUUGUGACUAUUGCACCAGGUCUGUUUGACACACCACUCUUAUCCAUGCUACCUGAUAAGGUUAGAAAAUUUUUAGCAAGUACUAUACCAUUUCCAGCCCGACUUGGUAAUCCAGAUGAGUAUGCACAUAUGGUUCAGAGUGCAAUUGAAAAUCCUCUACUGAAUGGUGAGGUUAUUAGAUUGGAUGGAGCAUUGAGAAUGAUGCCUUAAGAACAAUUAAUAUCUUGCAUGUUACAGUAGAGUACACAUUGUUAUUCAUUUUGGCAUACAAUUGGUUCAUUUUAAAGAGAUGUGCGUUUGGUGCCUAAAGAUGCAUUUCUUGAAAUAAAACAUUUUUAAAAAAUCAA